AUGGCACAGACAGAUGUUCAAGCUUUUCUUAUUGACUUUAUAGCAGGGGGGAUAUCUGCAGCUAUAUCAAAAACGGCUGUUGCACCUAUUGAAAGAGUAAAAUUAAUUCUUCAAGUUCAGGCUGUCUCCAAGCAAAUAUCAGAAAAGGAAAGAUACAAGGGAAUUAUUGAUGCAUUUGUCAGAAUUCCUAAGGAACAAGGAUUUGCCAGUUUUUGGAGGGGGAAUCUUGCAAAUGUGAUACGUUAUUUUCCUACUCAAGCAUUAAAUUUUGCAUUCAAAGAUGUUUACAAAACUAUUUUUAUGGAGGGAAUUGAUAAAAAGAAAGAAUUUUGGAAAUAUUUUGCAAUGAAUUUAGCAUCCGGUGGAGCUGCUGGUGCUUCUUCUCUUUGCUUUGUUUACCCCUUAGAUUUUGCACGUACUCGUUUGGCAGCCGAUGUUGGCAAGGGGGCUAACAGAGAAUUUAAUGGCCUUUAUGAUUGUUUAGUCAAAAUAUUUAAAUCGGAUGGAUUGAUUGGAUUGUAUAGAGGCUUUUUUGUAUCUGUCCAAGGAAUUAUUGUUUACAGAGCAGCUUAUUUCGGAUUAUUUGAUACAGCUAAAGGAAUGUUACCUGAUCCCAAAACAACACCUCUGUAUAUUUCUUUUCUAAUUGCUCAGGUUGUGACAACGUUUGCUGGAAUCGUUUCAUAUCCUAUGGACACUGUAAGAAGAAGAAUGAUGAUGCAGUCAGGAAGAGGAGAAAUUUUAUAUAAAAAUACCAUGCACUGUUGGUAUACAAUAUUUAAAACAGAAGGGCCUUUAGCUUUUUUUAAAGGAUCCCUUUCAAAUAUAUUUAGAGGAACAGGCGGUGCAUUAGUAUUAGUUCUUUAUGAUGAAAUUAAAAGAUUAAUAUCUUAA